GCGCGAGGCGGGGUGCGCCGAUUCAACGCCGGUCUCGCGCACUGCGAUGAUCAAUUCUGUGCAUGACAGCUAUUGUCCUCGCGCUUGAAACGCAACACCUGCAAGACUAAAACUAAAGCCGUUUGCUACAGAGGAAAGCAUGACAGAUAAGGGGAACAUCCGAAACGAGGAGGACUAUGUUGGGGAGAUCAAAGGGGGUCUGCGGCCGACCAUGAGGCUGGUAGUGAUGGGUAUUGUUCACAAGCGGCCCAAAAGUAUGGUAGUGUUAGUGUCAUGCCAGUCUAAAGGAGAAGGGGAUGAGGAAAUUGAGGGUGACGUGGGUCUGGAGUUGAAGGUGAAUUUUUCAGAAAAGGCCGUGCUUCGUAACGCUCGUCUGUCAGGACAGUGGGGCGCUUCAGAAACCGCCCUGUCUUUCUUCCCCUUUGCUCCAGGAGAGCCAUUUAAGAUGGAGAUUGUGUGCGAGCACCAGCAGUUCCGUAUUCUGGUGGAUGGGCAGCCCUUGUGUGGUUUCACUCACAGACUGACUCAGCUCGCAUCUCUCACUGCUCUUAGAGUCCAUGGAGACCUACAGCUCACCAAAGUGGCUUGAGCAGUGAAGUGAAGAAUUGUUUGCUAUGAGGACACAGACUAUUCCUAGAAGCAACUUGGAUGAGGUUUUAGAAUUCUAAGCGUACUGUACACAAUUGUCUUAAAGUUCCAGAACUCCCUCACUUUUUUCAGUUUCGUCUGUGUUUGUUUUGGUAGACUAAUUGGCCAUUUUGUAUAGUUUCAAUCUAGUGAGUUUUAUUGGUAGUGGCAAAUGAGGCUGUUCAUUUUAAAAUGGUUUUGGAGACAUUUGUGACCCUGGACUACAAAACCAGUCAUAAGUAGCACGGGUAUAUUUGUAGCAAUAGCCAACAAUACAUUGUAUGGGUCAAAAUUAUCGAUUUUCCUUUUACGUCAAAAAUCAUUAUGAAAUUAAGUAAAGAUCAUGUUCAGUGAAGAUCUUUUGUAAAUUUCCUACCGUAAAUAUAUCAAAACUAAAUUUUUAAUUAGUAAUAUGCAUUGAAAACAACUUUAUUUGGACAACUUUAAAGGCGAUUUUCUCAAUAUUUUGAUUUUUUUUGCACCAUCAGAUUCCAGAUUUUCAAAUAGUUGUAUCUCAGCCAAAUAUUGUCCUAUUCCAACAAACCAUACAUCAGUGGAAAGCUUAUUGAUUAAAAAAUUGACCAGCUUAUGACUGGUUUUGUGGUCCAGGAUCACAUCAGUAGGAGAAAAUCUCUGAAGAAGCUGUGUUACCUCAUGUGCAACCAGGUUUAACCAAUCCAGAUAGCAUAAAAAUUCUAAUUAAGAACGUUUUGCCAUAAACUAGCUUAGAUAGAAGAUUUCUUUCAUAGUUUUUAUAAUACAUAAUGUACUAUCUACCUUUUUGUUUGCUUUUGAUUAGAUAUUUAGUUUCUCUGGCUCUUUGAAACAGAAGCAAAAGUGCCUUCAUUUGUUCCAUUAGAUGCACUUAUACAGUAGAGGACUUGUGUGCUUGUAGCAGUAAUUGUUGUAGUUCAAAUUCAUUUGCAUUCACACAUUUGGCAGAUGCUUUUAUCCGAAGUGACUUACUUUGCAUUCAAGGUAUACAUUUAAUCAGUUUCUGCAUUCCCUGAAAAUCAAACCCAUAUUCUUGGCACUGCUGACAGUUUGAGCUACAGGAAUGUUUUUUGUUUGCCUGUCUGAAAAAAAGAGUUAAAUCAUUUCAACAGAACAGAAUAACUCAGAAUCAUAAGAAUCAUGUUUGUUUUUGCUUUGGUUCAUUUGAAUGUACCACAGAACAGUUUUGAUGGCAUUGAAUGUUCACUUUAAAAUGCAAUUCCCUGAGAUUGUGUUGGUUUGAAAAACAGGACUCAAAGUCCUCUGAAGCCUGUACUUGGUGCUGUCAAUCUACACACUUAAUGCUGCAAAUGAAGCAUGUAUUAAAUAGCAAGGUUUACUUGAAUGUCUUUUAACAUCUAAUAAUUGCAAUAUGUACUGUAAACAGUAAACUUUUCUUAAAG